ACCCCUCCAAAAAAGUUGAUGGCUUAUAACAAGGUGGCUGAGAAAAGGCCUCCCCCCCCACUUGCCAAAUAAUUAAACAGUGUUGUCCCAUUAUUUCCAAAAGUCUUCUUAAAGUAAUGAGGUUUAAUGUCUAUGUGCAGUACCAGAUAAUCCUUUCUUUUCUUUGGAAGCAGAUCCACGGGGAAGAUAAGCCCUUUCCAGAAACAAUACUUUUCUAUCUCGUCGGGGCAAGCCCUAUUGUUUUGUCCCGAAGGAGCUAAAGAGGUAUAUAAUAAACAGGCUGGCCAAUUAGAAGAAGUCACCGCUAAAUGGUUAUAAUACUCAGGCAUGUUUUGGCAGACGAACAUCGACGGACAGAGCGGGCGAAGGUGGCCCUUUUAAAAUUGGCAUUCACUCCAGCUAGCUUUUCACGGGGGUGGGAAAAAAAGAAAGAAAGAAAAGAAAAGAAAAGAAAAGAAAAGAAAAGAAAAGAAAAGAAAAGAAAAGAAAAGAAAGAAAAAGGAAAAAAAGAAGCUAAGGACAUGGCUCCCUGGCCUGAACUGGAAGACACAGACACCAAUAAAUAUAUUGAAGACCCUUCCUCAAAAUCCAAGAAGAUCAUGUCUGACAAAGAGGGGAAAGACACCAAAGAUGGGGUCAUUUCCAUGGGGAAUCAGGUCGAGCUUUUGCCUGCGUAUUCCACCAUUGCUUUGACCGCUGUAUCUGAAGAGGAGGAGGAAGAUCCCUGGCGUCUACCAGAGCUUCAGGAUACUGGAAUCCAAUGGUCAGAGCUUGAUGGAAAACACAAAGUCAUUUAUAUUUUGCGAGGCAUCGGGAAAUUUAUCCUUCUGCUCGGAUUGCUUUACUUUUUCGUUUGCUCCUUGGACGUGCUCAGUUCUGCCUUCCAGUUAGUUGGAGGCAAAGCAGCAGGAGACAUUUUCAAGGAUGGUUCCGUCUUAUCAAAUCCCGUCGCAGGCCUGGUCAUCGGUGUUCUGGUGACAGUGAUGGUGCAAAGUUCUAGCACGUCUUCUUCUAUCAUUGUCAGCAUGGUGUCUUCUUCAUUAUUGAGUGUUAAGCAUGCUAUCCCGAUCAUAAUGGGAGCCAAUAUUGGGACUUCGGUUACAAACACCAUUGUGGCACUGAUGCAGGCUGGUGACAGGAAUGAAUUCCGAAGGGCCUUUGCGGGUGCCACUGUCCACGAUUUCUUUAACUGGCUUUCCGUGUUUGUACUGUUGCCCAUUGAAGUUAUUUCUCAGUAUCUCUUCCGCCUGACCAGCCUUAUUGUGGACUCAUUUCAGCUGGAAAGCGGGGAAAAUGCCCCUGAAUUGCUAAAAGUCAUCACGGAUCCCUUCACAAAGCUCAUCAUCCAGCUCGAUAAAUCGGUCAUCAGUGCAAUCGCUACAGGUGAUGAAUCGGCAAAAAACAAAACGCUGGUGAAAGUUUGGUGCAAAACGAAAACGAGCUUGGUUGAACGGAAUAUGACCGUCCCAGCAUCUGAAAACUGCACGUCUCCAGAUCUUUGCUGGACCGGUGGAAAUAUGACCUGGACCGUCAAAAACGUUUCGGAUACACAGUAUCUCGAAAAAUGCAAGCACAUUUUUGUAGGAUCUCAGCUCCAGGAUCUGGCCAUUGGUCUCAUCCUGCUCGCAUUCUCUUUACUGGUCCUUUGCACUUGCUUGGUAUUGAUUGUUAAACUGCUGAACUCGGUCCUGAAAGGACAAGUCGCAAAUGUCAUCAAGAAAACACUCAAUACUGAUUUUCCGUUUCCGUUUUCUUGGGUAACUGGUUAUCUGGCUAUGCUGGUAGGAGCUGGGAUGACCUUCAUUGUUCAAAGCAGCUCAGUCUUCACCUCUGCUAUCACUCCUCUUGUUGGAAUUGGGGUUAUAAGCAUAGAACGGGCCUACCCACUGACCUUGGGAUCGAAUAUUGGGACAACAACAACAGCUAUUCUAGCUGCAAUGGCCAGCCCUGGGAACCGACUGAAAUAUUCCUUACAGAUCGCUUUGUGCCAUUUCUUUUUCAAUAUCUCGGGGAUCAUCCUUUGGUACCCAUUUCCUUUUAUGCGUAUCCCCAUUCGCUUGUCCAAAGCUCUGGGGAACAUCACCGCCAAGUACCGAUGGUUCGCCAUUUUCUACCUCCUCUCCUGCUUCUUCUUGAUCCCUUUGGCCGUGUUCGGCCUUUCGGUGGCCGGUUGGCCCUACCUGGUGGCCGUGGCUGUCCCCGUUUUCAUGGCCUUGAUCCUGGUGCUCACCGUCCACCUCCUGCAGAAGAAGAAGCCACAUUUGCUCCCGGAGAAGCUCCGAAGUUGGGAUUUCCUUCCUCGAUGGAUGCAUUCUUUGCGGCCCUGGGACGAAGUCAUAACCGCCGCAGGCGUUGCCUGUGGCAGAUAUUGUUGCUGCUGCUGCAAACGUUGUCGAAACAAGGAGGCCACCCCGAGCGAAGAAGCCAAGCACACGAAAACGAUGGAAGUUCACGAGAACCCCGUAUCGCUGGCCGAUGAAGAGAACUGUCUUUCCAAAGGCACGAAAGCAGAGAAAGCGGACUUGAGCACCACAGCGUUGUAGCAGAGGGGGAAGUUGAGAAUGGAGCUCCAAGGAUGGAACGCUUGAGGGGCCUGUCUAGAGGGGAAAAACGGGGAACGUGGGCCAGUGACUUGCACUCAGUGAGAAGAUUGAACCAGGGAUGGGUAACAACCGUUGUCAGGAACCCUUAAAUUGUGUCUAAAUCUCAAGACGUGCAUUCAAAUCAUCCGUAAGGUCAAGGCCUUACCUCACAUCUGCUCAAGUGAAGUCCUGUACUUGUCUCCAGACUAAGGAAGGCCUCUGGACAAGUACUCCACUUGGUUUUUUUUAGAGAUCUAUGGGCCAACAGUCCUUCUGCCCAUCACUGCUAAGACUCUCUCAUUUGCAGUCCUGUAGAAGUCCAAUCUACUCCACGUUCUUCAGCAUCUGUAGACCCACAAGUAGGACAACUGGUCAUAGGCUAUAUCAUAUAAUAUAUCACUAGCUGGAUCAGGUUUUCAGCAAGAACUUUAAAACUGUAUCCCCUCAAUCCGAUGUUUUGGAGAGUCCAGACCUAUGCCAUUGUAACAUAAUGUAAUAUAGUGUGUACCAGGCAGAUCUGUUCAACCAAACGAAUCUUCUAAAAACCUUCAAGAAGUGCCGGUUAAGGUGUGCGUUAAAGAAAUUAUCUCUCCAUAUAUUUUAGUACUGUAGGUUCUGUGGUUUGUGCAAUGUAUGACUUUUCUAAAG